CUCUUUUUCAGCGACUAACAAGGCACAGUUGCCAAGAAUCACUCAACAUUUCUGGUGAAUUUUGGGAAUAAAAGCAGAUUGAAACGAAAGCUGAGACGGGAGCGCAAUCCAAGGCCAAGGCAACCAUGUCGCCAGUGUCGAAGCCUUAGCAAGUCUGUUGCAUCGCUUUGCCGUCGCCUACGAAUUUCUUGCCUCGACGAAAGAUGCCGAAACGGUCGACCGUAUUACACCAUACAGUACAGAAACGCCACUAGCCUGGAUUGAUUCCCUGUCCUCCAGCAUCAGUAACAACAAGAUUUCCAAUGCAGAGUGGCGCGAUUGGGUGAACAAGACUUGUCCCAAUUUUUCGCUUUUUGUCGCGUCCGUAUGGCAUAUAGCGCUCAUUCCUACGCAUCUUUUUGAAGCGAGCCGGCAACCGUCAUUUCGGUCCGUGACGCUCGAUUCUCCCUCUUCUAUACUGCUGCAGCACACUCGUCUUGAUCGAGUCACGCUAGCGGCCAUGACUUUGGAUGGGCCAUGGAAACGCCUUUACUCGAGUGCCUUGAAGGAUGGACUAAGUUUUUUAACCCUUCAGCAAGCCUUGUGGAAUUAUGUGGGACCUACAGUACUACUGAUUCAAUCUACUGGGGGUGCCCGGUUCGGCUACUUUACUCAAGUACCUUGGAAGAGCUCCACGAAAUGGUUCGGAGCGAGUCCCGACGGGCCUUCUAAGGACGCCUUUUUGUUCGCUCUUGAACCAAGCUGGCAGCUUUACAGUCGCAUAGGAGACUCGUACUGGCAGUAUCUGCAUGUUCCUUCUCGCUCCCGGCAAGGAAUACUUUCUGGAUUGGCUGUGGGUGGGGUUGCGGAAGAUUCCCCACGAUUGCACAUUACCGCAACGCUGGAAGGAUGCCGAGCGUGUACAACGGAUACGACGUUUGAGUCGGGACCAUUACUCGGUGCUGGUCAGGACUUUACCUUUGAUAUAGAAGCAAUGGAGGUGUGGGCUGUUCAGUUGCAGCACUCAACGGACUUUCCUGCCUGCCAAGCAGAGGGAGAAAUGCGUGCCUCGAUUCGGGAAGAGACACGCUUGCGUUUUGCGCAAGUGGACAAAUCCCAGUUUGUCGAAGAUUUUUCGUCUGGUGCGUUCAUGAAUCAUGUGUACCAGCAUCGAGCACAAACGCGAGGACGGGCCGACUUUGUGGCUGCGGAUACUGGCGAGCUGGGGUACUAUGUCGAAGAUAAAGCACCAAGUGUGCCGUCAAUUUGUGACGACGACUAUGAACUCGACUUCCAAAAUUCCCAUUGA